AUGCAAGAUAAACUGAAGUUUUUAAUAUUAAAUCCUUCGAUCGAUGGGUUAAUCAAGGUUUUAGAAAAAUCUAAUACUCAGUAUACUAAAAAUGGUCCAUUUGAAGCUACUAUUUUAUUAGGUGAUGUAAUUCCAGAAGGUAAAUCAAUUCCAAAAGAUAUUGAAUUACAAGCACAAACAUAUUUGUCAAAAGAUAAACUAGAUAUAUCAGAAGAAAUUAAAGAGAAAAUAGUCGAUGAUAGAAGUUUAAUUGAUGUUAAAGCAAAUUUAACGUAUCUGAGACCACCAUAUUGUAUAAUACGAUUAAAAUCAAAUUUAGUAUUUAUGAUUUUAAAUGAUAUAAAAGAAGAACAUUUAUCAAAUAUACCCACUGAUGUAAAUAUUGAUGUUAUAAUAAGUAAUAAUAAUUGGCCAAGUGCAAUUGCCAUGAAACAAAAUGUAACUUGUGGAAAUGAAAUUAUUGAUAAAUUAAUAAAACAAUUUACUCCAAGAUAUAUAUUCUCCCAUUCAAAAUCAUUCUUUGAAUUAGAACCAUUUAAAUGGGAUAAUGGUAUAGUUACAAGAUUUUUAAGUUUAGCAGAAGAAGGAAGUGGUGAGAAAUGGUUUUAUGCCUUUUCCAUUGGAAUUUUACAAGAUAAUGAUUUAAAUUUAAAUCUUAUAAAUAAUCCCUUUAUGAAAAAACGACAAAUUGAAGAAGAUGAAAAAGAAACAGAAGCUAAGAAAAUUAAAGUUGUCACUCCUGAUAAAUGUUUCUUUUGUUUAAGUAAUGCAAGUACUGAAACUCAUAUGAUUGUUUCAAUUGGAUCUUAUAAUUAUUUAACAAUUGCUAAAGGUCCAUUAACUAGAUCAAAUAAAGAUUUGUCAUUUUCUGGUCAUGGUAUAAUCAUACCUAUUGAACAUAUACCGUCAAUUAUAGCUACAAAUUUAUUAGCUCAAGAUUCUCCUAUAUUUCAAGAACAAUUAAAAUAUGAGAAAUCAUUAGUAGAAGCAUUCAAACAGUCCAAAUUUAAAUUAGUAUUUUUUGAAAUUAGCAGGUUAUCAAAUAUUCAUAAACAUGUACAAUUUAUCCCAAUUGAAGAAGAAUUACUAGAAAAAUUUCAAAAUUCUUUAGAUUUACGAGUUAAAAUAAACAACACAAAACAUAAAAAGAAUCAAAAACUAAAAUUCAAAAAGUGUACAGAGGAAGAUCUAGAAUUGAAAAAAAUACUAGACGAAUCCGAUUUCAUAAGUUUUAAAAUUUAUCAUAAUGACAAAAUUGAAUUUCAUAUUGCUAAACUUGAAGAAUCUGGGAAUGUAGAUUUACAAUUUCCAAGAAGAGUAUUAGCACAUUUAUUAAAUUUACCUGAUAGAAUAUAUUGGGAUAAAUGCCAACAACCAAAAUUAAAAGAAAUGUCAGAUUGUGAAGAAUUUAAAAAAUUUUAUUCAAAUUAUGAUUUUACUAAAUAA